AUGAAGGUACUUGUGCUUGGCCCGCCCCGCACUGGGACUCAAUCCCUGGCAGAUGCUCUUGCUUUGAUAGGCGUCUCGCCUAUCUAUCACAUGAGAGACGUCGGAAAGAGCGGCCAUCAAGACCUGUGGAUACAAGCCCUCCAAGCAAAAUACGAAAGUAUUGGACACACAUGGGGUCGGCAGGAUUUCGACGAGCUUCUUACCGGCUAUGAGGGAGUCUCUGAUUUUCCCGCCGCGAUCUUCCCAGAGGAGCUCAUCAAAUCGUACCCGGAAGCAGCUAUCAUUCUUUCUACCCGCUCUGAGGAUGCCUGGUACAAGUCCAUGAUGUCAACCUUGUGGCAUGCGCACGCCAACCGACCAGCUGUGAGCACUUCUCGUAUGGCGCCGCUGUCUGAGAGAUACCACACACACUGUUGGGACAAUGAUUUCCCUGCCAACGGGCGCAAAUACUACCAGGAACACAACGAUAGAGUACGCAGCCUGAGCAAAGGUCGGAAAUUCCUAGAGUAUGACGUGAAGGACGGAUGGGGCCCGCUUUGCGAGUUUUUGGGUGUGCCAAUUCCUAACGAACCCUUCCCCCGCAAAGAUGAU